AAGUCGAUCUGUUGGUACUCCGUACCCGCGAUGGAGAUAGACCACCAACUUCAUCUAAAGGGAGUUUGAAGUCAUCAAGCAACUCUUUUUGUUGAUGGAUCUACUUUGUUUCAUUUUCAUUGAAUGAGAAUCAAGCAGACGUGAAAAAAAUGCAGUUUUUACGCAGUCUAGUCGGGUCUCAGACUAGUGAUGCUGAACAUCAACACCAGCCUACCUCUACAAACGCAGGAUCGCCAGGCGGCCCUCUAGUAGGAACAAGCGCCGCGUCGUCCUCAUCGAGGUCUACGAAUACCAAAGUAACGAAAUAUGUGAAGUUGCUGCAUUCCUUUCUCUCGCCAGAGGAUCAAGAGUAUUUCACGCAGAAACUACGACAAGACUCGGCGGAUGAGGUGGUAUGGCGAAAAUACAAACGGUACUAAUAUUUCCAUAAUUUCGACGACGAGUGACAAAUGAUCAUGUUUUAGUUUUUAAAGUUUUUCUUUUGUUUUGAAAGACAAAGUGAAAGAUUCAUAGAGCACCAGAUGAUUGAUCUUCGUAGACUCUACUAGAAGGCAGUUCUUGUUGAUGUAGCUGCUGAAUGUACAACCUCUAACCUUCUCCGAUGACAUCGGCGCUUUACAACAAAGCAGUGACUUCGUCCGCAUCGUCGAUCUCAAAGAAUUGGCGAGGUUACUGUGGUCAGGCGCACCGGGUGAGCAUCCGCAAUUACGGGCAACGACAUGGCGGCUUCUCUUAGGGAUUGCGCCGAAUGCGAGAGAGAGGUAUUGUUCGAUUUCUUCCGCUAACUUGAUUGUUCUCUUAAUAUCCAAUCACAACUACCAGCAAAGACAAAGUGCCGAGGGGGCGGAGGCAUAUUUGAUCUCCAUACACAUCCUCGAUGUCCAUACCAAGGCGGAGGCAUAAAGUACUUAAAAAUUGUGAUUUCCGUUCUCCUUCUCCACAACCUCCAUUUAAUAAUUUCUUCAGGCACCAUUCCACUCUCGCUCGCAAACGGCGCGAAUACCACGACCUAGUAAAUCGCGAGUACAAUUUUCGCGAUUUAGAUGAGGACGAGCAACCUUUAAUCCGGCAAAUUCGUGUGGAUCUUCCAAGAACUUCCUAUGGCAGAUGCAAAGAGGAUCAUAUGGAUGUAGGUCGUGGACCUCCAGACGGAGCAUCAUCUUCAAUUAAGGCUCAACUUUCAGUGGUCACCAUUGAGAUUGGGGUCACUGAGAUCGAAGAGGCGACCCCUCGAGAGAACGGGGAAAACACAGGGAGAACAAGUAGAGGGGUAAAGGGCCCUUUUCUUUCAGCAUCAGUGACCAAUGAAUGCUGAGCUUUAAUUCAAGGCACCUACUCCAAGAAAAAAGAAUACAGCAAAUGAUGGAACGGAUACUGUUUGUGUGGGCAAUACGACGACCCGCGUGCGGCUACGUGCAGGGCAUAAAUGACUUGCUGCCGCCAUUUCCUAUGGAAGAUGGGAGAAGCAACUUCUCAUUAUAAAAGAUCUAUUAUUCCCCGUGAGUCGUGGGUACAUCCAUCUAUCUAUCUAUCUAUCUAUCUACGUCUCUGUAUCACAGUUGUGACGUGUCCUCGUUUUUGAAUCGACAUGAAGUAGACAUGAUCAUCGAGGACUGAGUUUAAAGCUGCAGGAGUUUAAGUUUCUAAGUGGAAGAAAGAUCAUCCUAUGAUUUAAGUUUCUAUCAUUUUUUCCUGAGUGACUGACUCUUCAAUCUCUAAUCCCCUCACCGUCUUCCUCGCAGAACGACUAGCCCAAGACCCCACCAAUGCCUCGUUUACUAGUGAAAACGUUCAGCUUGCUUCGUCGCUUCUAAGCCGCUUUUCUGAAGAACAGCUAGCUGAUGUGGAAGCAGACACGUACCUUUGUCUGUCAAAACUUUUAGAUAGUAUCCAGGAUCACUACACUCCAGGUCAACCAGGCAUUCAACGCAUGAUGCAGGCUUUGAAUUAAGGGCGGUUGAAGCAUGAUUUCAUAGUUGCACGCUCUAUUUGGCACAUUGCAAGAAGAAACACGUCAAAUACGCAAGGCAAAUAUGAACUAUGUCAGCCUCAGCCUUUAACUAAAGGGCCUGAUAGCGAGGAUGAGCACUUCGGGUUUGGGUCAGCACUUAGAAGAACAGGGAAUAGAAAUGGUCCACACGAGCUUUCGCUGGUUCAAUUGCCUCCUGACUAGGGAAAUGCCUCUCUCCUGUACGAUCCGGUUAUUUGACACCUACAUCGCUGAGCUGCACGACCACCCUUCCGAAUUCGAUCAGUUCCUGACGUUUUUGGUUUCAUCGUUUCUCAUACAUUGGGAAACUAACCUGAGGGAAAUGGACUUCCAGCAGAUGAUCUUGUUUUUGCAGCAGCUGCCCACUGAAGAUUGGAAGGUGCAUGACAUAGAGUACUUGUUAACGAAGUGUCACAUAACUAGGGAGACCUUUGCGGGGGCGACAGAAGUGAGGGCUGAAAUGAUGAGGAGUUUGAGACCUUGAGACGCAAUUGAUGGUCGUUGUUGCACGUCAACGUCUCCUGUUAUAAUAUAAAGAAAGCCAAAGCCAAAGCGUUGAAUUUGUCAUGUUGGAUGUGACAAGGAGCAUGGUUAAGGUUAUUCUAGAAUUGUGGCGAAGUACUAGUUUUUCAAUACUUUCGUCGCAGUUUUUAGAAGGUCAAGAAGAAUGGCAGGCCAACACU